AUGGCCCAAAGAGCAACCGCAACCUGCUUCUGCGGCGCCGUCCAACUCGAGCUGCCGGUCGAAGGCGACGACCUAACCCAAGUCUUCGUCUGCAACUGCAAGGACUGCCGCAAACUAACCGCCUCGGUCAUGACCACCGCCUUCGUAGUCAAAGACUCGGCCAUGACCCACGUCCGCGGCGAGGACAAACUAACCCAAUACGCGACUUCUGCUACCAUCGCCUCGGGCAACACAAUGACAAACUUUUUCUGCAAGGUUUGUGGUACUCUGAUGUAUAGACGCAGCUCGGGCUUCCCUGGUUUGUCGCUUCCCAGAGUGGGCACGGUGGAUGAUUUGAGCUUGCACAAUACAAAACUCAAGCCCAGAGUGGAGGUUUGGUGCAAGGAUAGGGUUGCGUGGUUUGGUGGUGUCGAGGGGAUCAAGCAGUCGCAGAACCAAGCUGCUCUCUGA